CCAGGCUUAAAACAAGUCCGCAGAAGUACAUUACCAACAGCAAGUUCCCGGAACCAUAAGACCUGUUGGGUGACGGGAACAAGGGCAGGCGCCUGGACGAGGCACCUGAGGGGUUUGCUUCCCGGCCAGUCAGCGCCAGUUUCAUGGCUUCCUGGGGCGUGCCCAACGGGUGACCGCCUCCUAGCUGCAUUGGCGAAAAAGGGGCCCAAUCGUCAAGUACCUGAGCGUGGCUCUGAGAGAACAAGAAUGGCGCUGGAUGCACAGCGCGAAAACAUCUCGACGCAACCAGGGUCGCGUCCCGCCCGCGUGAGAAUCGAUGGGGGCAUGCUGGAGGGUGGGGGUCAACUGCUGCGCAAUUCAUGCGCCCUGGCGGCCAUCAAGAGAGUGCCCAUUGAGGUUUUCAACAUCCGCGCAGGUCGUGCGAAACCAGGCUUGAAACCUCAGCACAAGACUGGCAUCGCCAUAAUAGCCGAUGUCUGCAAUGGCUCAGUUGAGAAUGUGCACGAUGGUUCGACCACCAUCAGGCUUGAUCCUGGCGGAAUCGUAACUGGCAGCCAUGUUGGAGACACAAAGACAGCAGGAAGCUGCACCCUCCUGGCCCAAGCCACGCUGCCUGUCCUCCUCUAUGCACAACCAACAGACAGCACGCCCAUUUCAAAGUUGGAGUUCCGUGGAGGCACAGAUGCUGCCUUGGCUCCCCCAGUUGGGUAUUUACAGCAUGUUCUUGUUCCACUGCUGAGGGCUCGUUUGGGGCUGGAAGUGGAAGUCGAACUUGUGCGACGAGGUUUCUACCCAAGAGGUGGCGGCAUCAUGAAGCUGAACGUCAAGCCCCUUGAGCUUGGUGUGCCAAUCCCACCUGUGGAUCUCACGAAUAGAGGGGAGAUAACAAUGAUAACAAUUCACGCUUUUGCGGCUGGCCGUCUUCUCAACAAGCAACAGGACAUUGCUCUAGCGGCAUUGACAGACCUUCGAAAUGCAUUAGGACCUGCUGUCAGAAUUCAGCAGCACAUCGUGGCGGAAACGCAGACCACUGCAAAGGACUCAGGGGCAGGUGCCCUGGUCAUAGCCGAAACCGACACUGGCUGCAUCUUAGGCGGCACUGCUGGUGUGGAGAAGCAUCAGCCUGCCGCUGCCGCUGGCUCUCAAGCUGCUAGGGAGGUCAUUGACGCUAUUCAAUCGGGAUGCUGCGUGGACACCUGGAUGCAGGACCAGAUGAUCAUUUUCAUGGCCUUGGCAAAAGGAAAGUCACGCAUGCGUUGCACAGAGCCAACCCUACACUCCCGGACUGCAAUGGUGUUGGCAGAGAUGAUGAUUGGCUGCAAAUUCACGGUUCACAAACCCAGAGAGAAUGGCGACCAGUGUUGGGUUGUUGAAUGCCAAGGGGCAGAUCUCACUAGGUCAUAG